AUGGUCCUUCCGCAAAACACCAAUCGCCCCUCCAAAAAAAUCAAGAGGAGCGUGACCGAGCCUCCGGCAAAGUUUGCUCAUGGCGAUUAUACCGUGGGCUGGAUAUGUGCUUUACCAGAGACCGAGUUGGUGGCUGCCAUGGCCAUGUUGGAUGAAAGGCAUCCAGGUCUUCCAGCAAUCGAUCCACGCGAUGCGAAUUCGUACGUACUUGGCCAGAUCGGUGAUCACAAUGUGGUGAUUGCUUGCUUGCCAGCAUCAAUAACAGGCAGGGUGUCGGCUGCUACUGUUGCCAAGGACAUGAUCCGCAGCUUCCCAGCUGUAAGAUUUGGGCUGAUGGUUGGAAUCGGGGGCGGGGCGCCAUAUCAUGGUGCAAGGGGAGAUGAUAAUUCUGUAAGAGGUGAAGAAGAAGAGGAGGAGGAUUCUGAGUACUCUGAAGAUGAUCCAGAAGAUCUACGCGACAUACGACUCGGUGACGUGGUAAUCAGCCUUCCCUCAAAGUCAUCAGAUGCGGUUGUGCAGUACGAUUUUGGGAAGUCAUUGCAUGAAAUGAAGUUCAUACUUAGCGGCGGCAAACUGAACAAACCCCCAGGCAUUGUUCUGAGCGCUGUUGGUGCUCUCAAAGCAAAGCAUGAACUGAAAGGACAUGAUAUUCUCAAAACAUUGGCAAAUAUAAUGUCCAGUUAUCCGGCACUCGCAACGAAAUUCCAGUAUCCAGGAUCUCAAAAGGACUUUCUCUUUAAAUCAAAUUUCGUUCACGAAGCGGGAAGGAAAACGUGCAGAACCUGUUGUAGCCUGGAUAGUAACCUCAUGAAGAGAAACAAUCGACCUGACAACUCUCCACGAUUACAUUACGGGACCAUCGGGUCAGCGGAUCAAGUGAUGAAGGAUGCCGUUUUAAGAGAUAAAUGGGCACGGGAAGAGAGCAUUAUAUGUUUUGAAAUGGAGGCCGCUGGACUCAUGGACUCAUUUCCCUGUCUUGUCAUCCGAGGGAUCUGCGAUUAUGCUGAUUCCCAUAAGAAUAAGAUCUGGCAGCCAUAUGCCGCGGCAACAGCAGCAUCAUAUGCAAAAGAACUUCUUUUGGUUAUUUCCGGACUCGGAGUCAAGAGAAUGGAUCCAAUUAAGCAGAUUGAGGAGUCUUUAAGAAAAAUAAAUGAUGCUAUCAAUGACACAAGUGUUUCAAUCCAGGGCCUCAAGGACGAUAAGAUUUUUGCCAUGCUACCUUAUGCAGAAGGUUCCAGUUUUGAUGCAUUUGAUGCGGAACAUGAUACAUGUCAUCCAGAAACCAGGGUUGAUUUGCUUCACCACAUCAAGGAGUGGGCAUGCAACCUAAGGCAGAAAUGUAUAUUCUGGUUGAAUGGGAUGGCGGGUACCGGAAAAUCCACAAUUUCUCGAACAAUAGCCCAAUACUUUAAAAAGGAAGGCCAACUUGGAGCGAGUUUCUUCUUCAAACGUGAAGAGCGUGACCGCAGUACUGCCAAGAAAUUCUUCACGACAAUUUGCGCGCAGCUUUUGCUCCACAUUCCUGCGUUGAUUCCUCAUGUUGAAAAGGCGAUUGACAAAGACCCCUAUAUUUCAGGAAAACUGAUGGAAGACCAAUUUGAUAAACUGCUUCUUCAACCACUACUUAGGCUAGAACGAAGUGAGUCCACAAUCGUCGUGAUUGUGAUUGACGCAUUGGACGAGUGCGAAGAUAAGGAUGAUAUACGAGCUAUACUUCAACUUUGCCUCAGCCGGCCUGAACUCCCAAUCCGUCCCAUCCUCGAGGAAAAUGACAAUCAUCACGGCCUGGUCCUCCAUGAGCUUUCCAAGACAGUGGUCGAGAAGGAUAUUCAUAUCUUCUUGAAAGCUAAGUUUUUCGAGAUUAAAAAAACGCGAAAGAUUGUUGGCGAGUGGCCGGGGGAUGAUACUCUUGAAAUUCUAGUUAUGAGGGCGGUUCCGUUGUUUAUUUCCGCUGCUACCAUUUGUCGUUUUGUUGGAGACCUAAAAUGGCGUCCAGAGAGCCGUCUUUUAACUAUUCUCCAGGACCCAGCAGCAACUUCAGGAUCCCAGAUGGACAGAACAUACUUGCCUGUUUUAAACAAGCUUCUUUCCGGUGCAGAUAACACAGAGAUCACGCAGCUAAUACAAGAGUUUCAGGACAUAGUAGGAGUUAUCAUUCUUCUUGGUACUCCACUUUCCCUCAAUACUCUCUCGCAUAUAAUUGACUUGCCAAGACGAGAUGUCAGCAAUCGCUUAGACGGAUUUCACUCAGUUCUCAGUGUGCCAGAAAAUUCCAACUCACCAAUCUGCAUCCUGCACUUAUCUUUUCGAGACUACCUUUUAAACACGAAAAGCCCUUUCCAUAUAGAUGAGAAAGAGACACACCAGAAGAUAGCACGGCAUUGCCUUCGCAUCAUGAACACUAGACUCAAGCAGAAUAUUUGUGGCCUACCAAGCUACGGGACACAGCGAGAUGGUAUUGACAGCCAGGCUACUAAUCAGCAUCUCUCUGCGGAUCUGCAAUACUCCUGUCAGUACUGGGUAUACCAUAUUAAUCACAGCAAAGGCAGUAUUAAUGAGUACAUGAUUUUUGCUUUUUUGAGAAGGCAUUUCCUUCACUGGUUGGAGGCACUGAGCCUGAUGGGUGUUAUAUCAGAAGCGGUGACAAUAAUAGAUGCGCUACAGUCAGGUGACAGGAAGGACACAGGUGCUGAAAUUUUAGACUUUCUCUAUGAUGCAAAAAGAUUUAUUCUUAAGAACAUCUCUAUUGCUAGUGCUGCUCCACUUCAACUCUACUGUUCCGGGCUAGUAUUUUCACCGAUGCAAAGUCCUAUUAGAAAGAUGUUUUCUUACAGCAGACCUAAACAAAUACACAUACUACCACAGGUGGAGGAUUAUUGGAGCCGAGGACUACAGACACUGGAGGGCCAUUCCAAUGGGGUUAAUUCUGUCGCCUUCUCCCCCGACAGCCAAAUGGUGGCCUCAGGCUCCGAUGACAAGACCGUUAAGCUCUGGGAUGCUAAGACUGGCUCUGAACUACGCACGCUUAAGGGCCCUUCUAGUGCAGUUAAUUCUGUCGCCUUCUCCCCCGACAACCAAAUGGUGGCCUCAGGCUCCGAUGACAAGACCGUUAAGCUCUGGGAUGCCAAGACCGGCUCUGAACUGUGGGCGCUCGAGGGCCAUUCUAAUUGGGUUCAUUCUGUAGCCUUCUCCUCUGACGGCCAAAUGGUGGCCUCAGGCUCCAAUGACAAGACCGUUAAGCUCUGGGAUGCCAAGACCGGCUCUGAACUGCGGACACUCGAGGGCCAUUCCAGUUCAGUUUAUUCUGUGACCUUCUCCUCUAACAGCCAAAUGGUGGCCUCAGGCUCCAAUGACAAGACCGUUAAGCUCUGGGAUGCCAAGACCGGCUCUGAACUGUGGGCGCUCGACGGUCAUUUCUAUGGGGUUGGUUCUGUGGCCUUCUCCUCUGACGGCCAAAUGGUGGCCUCAGGCUCCAAUGACAAGACCGUUAAGCUCUGGGAUGCCAAGACCGGCUCUGAACUGUGGACGCUCGAGGGCCAUUCUAAUCGGGUUCAUUCUGUGGCCUUCUCCUCUGAUGGCCAAAUGGUGGCCUCAGGCUCCAAUGACCAGACCGUCAAGCUCUGGGAUGCCAAGACCGGCUCUGAACUGCGGACGCUCGAGGGCCAUUCCCAUGGGGUUCGGUCGGUGGCCUUCUCCAACUCAGCGGCCUCCACUAUAAAUGCAGAAGAACAAACUACUACUAAAGCCACCAGUAUCCAACAGCGCUGUGAUAACUGUGACCCAAGUUCAUAUAAUUUCAAUCCUCAAGUAUCUUUAUUAGACAACUGGGUUGUAUUGGCGGGUGAAAAUAUACUGUUGCUCCCUCCUGAGUAUCAUCAAUUUACAGUUUCAGCUGUUAAGGAAGACAACCUUGCUCUUGGGUAUCGUGAUGGACGGGUUUUUAUCAUAGGAUUCCAAACAUGCUAG